ACAGCUGCAUGCGUCCCACUUCCCUUCCUCACUGGAAAACGCCACAUCUGACAGGGAGGGAGAAACAGACACAACCACAGGGGAGUUUAAACACAGACCUCAAGAUGCUGGCACUUAUAAACCGGCUUCUGGACUGGUUCAAGUCUCUGUUUUGGAAGGAGGAGAUGGAGCUAACGCUGGUCGGUCUGCAGUACUCGGGAAAAACAACAUUUGUAAACGUGAUCGCUUCUGGGCAUUUCAGUGAAGACAUGAUCCCUACAGUCGGGUUCAACAUGAGAAAGGUCUCCAAAGGAAAUGUCACCAUUAAGAUCUGGGACAUAGGAGGCCAGCCAAGGUUCAGAAGCAUGUGGGAGCGGUACUGUCGGGGAGUUAAUGCAAUUGUGUACAUGGUUGAUGCAGCAGAUCGAGAAAAGGUGGAGGCUUCCAGAAAUGAGCUUCAUAAUUUAUUAGACAAACCUCAGUUGCAAGGAAUUCCUGUUUUGGUACUCGGUAACAAAAGGGACCUCCCCACUGCUCUAGACGAGAAGCAGCUCAUCGAGAAAAUGAAUUUGUCAGCCAUUCAAGACAGAGAGAUCUGCUGCUACUCGAUUUCCUGCAAAGAGAAAGACAAUAUUGACAUCACACUUCAGUGGCUCAUCCAGCACUCAAAAUCCAGGAGGAGCUGAAAAUGCAGGAGUUGUUUUCCAGCUGUGUGAGCCAUGUUAUCGUCAUGCCACACCCUCAUCACUCUGCGAUGAUGUGCUGUCCUCUACAUACAUGCUGCACUGUUGUGCUUGUGCCACACACACAUUUUCCCCCUCUUUUUUUUUUUUAAACCAUGUGAUGUUUUCACAAACCCCAAAGAAUGCACUACUAAAAAUGUGAUUCUGAGACCAAAUUUUGGAAACACAAUUGGCAUUAUCAGCCUUCAAAGCUGUAUUCUACUUAAACGUGCAGUAAAAACCUAAUUGUCAGUCUACCUUUUAUCAAAUCAAAUAUUCUUUUGUUUUAAAACAGUCAGGCAUAAUGCUGUUUAGGACACGCAGGUUUUCAUUCCUGUCGACUGACUGUCAACUUUUGCUAGAUAAUGUUUUCUUCUUUCAAGGACACAUCUAUUGUUAUAGAAAAAUGAUGCAUUAUAGAAAGUAAUUUGAUGCAAGUCUGUACAAAUAUCAAGCUAGUAUGAUUUUUACUGAUGUGAGAUGUGUGUGUAUGAAUAUAUGAUUCUAUUUAAAGUUUGAAUGUACUAGACGUAAAACUGUACAGGAUUGUGUGGUUCAUGUUGGCCCCUGUUUGUCAGCAGCCUCGGUGGAAUGAUGUCCCUUUUAGCUGCCUGGAGGCUGAGAGAGCAGCAGAAUACCAAGUGCCUUUUGCAAUGUCUCUCACCUCUGAAGUGAAGCAAAGCAGCGUGCAAGGUGUGCCUAACUGAGUCGAUUAAACAAAAAAACACCACUUCAGUAUAUACAAGAAAUAAAUAGGCAUGCUUUUUAAUUUA